AUGUUCACUGCACUAGUCGUGGCAUUCGAGACAACAGUCGUGUUGGUGAAGUGGGCCGUCGCUGUCGUGUUGCUAAAUAUCUGUCGGCGAACAACAUUGGGGUUUAUAAUUGCUCGUGGAGUGAUACGCGACGCCCCUGGCGUUCCGGGUGUUCCUGGCGUUCCUGGCGUUCCGGGGGAUACACGUGCAGAUGUUGUAGGCAAAGUCACGAGGGUAGCUGGUGUGGUGGGCGAGGCUGUGGUGACUGUGGUACGCUCUCUAGUGCUGGUUGGUACGAGGGGCGUCGAUGUUCGGGUCUGGGUUAUGGUCUCAGUCAGGGUGUUGGUGCUGGUUCUGGUGGAUGAGGCUGUCACGCUGCCACUUGGGGAGACUACUCCAGAGUGGCUCGUUGAGGCUGUCACGCUACCACUUGGGGAGACUACUCCAGAGUGGCUCGUUGAGGCUGUCACGCUACCACUUGGGGAGACUGCGCCAGAGGUGGUCGUUGAGGCUGUCGCGCUACCACUUGGAGAUACUCCGCCAGCACCUCCUCCAGCACCUCCUCCGGGACCUCCUCCGGGACCUUCAGUGGGGCAAGGACAACCCGUUGGUCCCGAGCCUACACCAGAUGUGACAGUGACGGUGGUGGUGCUCACUAUGGCGGCAGGACAAGUAACCGUCACUGGUACCACCGUCGUCUCCUUGGAUGUAGAACAAGUGGGACAAGCCGGUGGAGAAGGAGUGGGACAAACCAGUCCUCCGGUUCCAGUGGCAACGCUGGUAACGCUGGGAGAUAGGGAAGGAGGCACACUACCGCCUCCAGUUGGAGAUGUGUGGAUAGUGCUUGGCUGCUCACUAGUAGAGGGAGAAGUCUGA